GGGCUUUCCCUUCUAGCCUUGUGGAGGAGUUCUCACUGCUAUUGCCUCCCGAUGGGGACUACCCUCAGUGCACACGGAACAUCUCUCUUAUACGUACAUGGUUGUUUGCUUGUAUUCUCCCGUAUUAGAACCUGAUCUUCUCGAGGGCCGACAUCUGGUUUUUGCCUUUCUUAGUGUGUCCCAGAUGUGGUCCAGUACCUGGUGGGCGUCAAUGCUAAUAGGCUGAUCUAUGAGCCCCUUGAGGGCGGGGCCAGGAGCGCGCCCCAGGGGCUGGCUAGCACGCGCGAGGGGUGGGGUGGGGGUGGGGGUCCAGUCCGGGGGCGGGGCCGCGCGUCCCGGGGCGUGGCCCGUGGAGCGAGGGAGGGUCUGCGGCCCUCCAGCCGGCCACGUGGCGGCCCGCAGGCUUCAGCCCCCCGCCCCCAUUCAAACGAUGCCGAAGGGGCGGCGCGGCUGCCCGAGCCCCACGAUGAGCAAGCGGCCCGCCCCGCCCCUCUACUUCCCAUCCCUCUACGACCGCGGCAUCUCGUCCUCCCCCCUCAACGACUUCAACAUCUGGAAGAAGCUCUUCGUGCCGCUCAAGGCGGGGGCGGCGGCGGCGGGGGCUGGGGGCGCCGGGGCCGGGUUGGGGGGCGGCGGCAGCUGCGGCGGCGGGGUGGGCGUCGGGGCCGGGGGUCGGAGCCUGGCGGCCCAGCAGCCCCCGGCCGCCGCGCCCCCGCCGCCGCCGCCCCCGCCCGGCCUGGGCCCUCUGAGCGAGCGCCCGUGCCCCCAGCCCUGGCCGGCCGGCCUGGCCCCCAUCCCCUACGAGCCGCUGCGCUUCUUCUACUCGCCGCCGUCCGGCCCCGAGGGCGCCGCUCCCCCGCCGCCCCCUCCGCAGCCCCCGCCGCCGCCGCCGCAGCAGCCGCCGCCCCCGCCGCCGCUGCAGCAGCAGCCCCCCGCCCCGGGGCCUCCGGCGCCCCGGCUGCCCCCCGCCGCCGCCGCCGCCGCCUCGCAGCCCGACGAGCUGUGCGAGCUGGAGAUCCGCAUCAAGGAGCUGGAGCUACUCACCAUCACCGGGGACGGCUUUGACUCCCAGCGCUGUGCGUGGCCCCGCCCCCUCCGGGCCCCGGGAGCUGGCCCAGAUAAAUUCCUGAAGGCACUAAAAGAUGAAAAGUUGCAAGGCAUAAAGAUGAGGCAGCACCUGAAGAAGCCCACGCCGCUCUCCUAACGAGAUGUCGAAGGCCGCGUUACCGUAUCUCCAUAGCGUUAGAUGUUAUUGAGUAGAGAAUGUAUCCCGUUUCUUGCCGUUUCAGAUAUAACUAUUUUCUGUUCUUUAGUUCCUUACCUCUUUCCUGCUCCCAGGUGCACAUUACAAAUACAGCGUCAGCUUGUCUAGUAA